CUCAAACCAUAAGGAGCGACCUAGAUGCGCACUGUAUUGUACAUACAGGUAUAGUUGGGUACCAUAGUAGAGUCCAGCAUUGCGCGUGCAUCUGCAAUAACUACAAGAGUGAUCAAUUGAUGACAAGAGGCGCCUAACGUUAGAAAUUUAAUGUUCGCCCCAAGAAAUUUAUCUAAUUGUUUUGGUACGUCAAUGCGCAUUUGAUAAAUACCAUAUUAAAUCCUGUUCUGUGCCACCAGCGAUCAUUAUGUCAAUUCAUACACCUCGAAUUGAUGGCUACCUCUUCGCGACGACCUGAUGCGCUCCAGCGCCCACAGCACCAGCACCAGCACCAGCACUACCAGCGACGCGCCCAUCCCCAUCCCCAUCUCCAUACCCAUACCCAUCAGCAGCACACAACUAACCACACAAUCAAUCCUAAUAUUAAGAACAUCAACCCAGCUACUGCAAGUCUUGACGCCAAUAGCGUGGCUGCUAAACAUGCUCAUGUCAUCGCGACACAUAUCAAAACGCGAAACUCGCAAAACAUCCUUCAGCAGACUAGUCCUUCACGAAUGAAGCGCCCUCUAGAUCCUAUUGCCAAUAACUACGACCCUUCCAAAACCAAAAGAGCCCGAAUUACUGUCGAGAUUCUAGCGAGACCUAUUCCUCCUACCAAUCCUCCUAGAUCCAUCACUGUGGCCACUGUGGACACUGUGAACACGUUGAAGCCACAACCUCAACCCCAACUUCAAACUGAAACCCAUACGAACGAGCCUCCGGUCGCAUCAACGCAAAUUCUCCCUGCUCAACGGGAAACUACCAAGACGGCGACAGUAGUAGAACCUGGUUUAAAAAGACACAAGGAAAAAGCUAUCAAUGGAAUUAAACAUGAACUCGAUAGAUUACAACCAAGUGUAACCGAUACCAAUUCGGCAACAGAACGGCCCGGUCGCAAGUUGCGGUCACAGGAGGCGACUCGCUUCAAGAGCGAGUUGUCAGCAUAUUUCCCCGAUUAUGAUGAAGUAAUCGGUAAUGAUCCUAAAGAAGAACACGUUCUUAACCUCGAUACUCCGAUUGUCCUGGUCGAUACGGGCAAUCCCCUCUUUAGUAAUCAUCAAUCACAAGCCCCUGUACCCCCUCCAGAAGCAGCAGCAAUAGACGCCAACGGGCGACCCCACACUAUAUAUAAUACAGUGCGAACAGUGCGAACUUACGGUGAUAAUCUGUUCUCUAACCUGUACGACUCUCAACGGAUCGACUUUGCCUUUCUCGAAGCACGAUAUAAUGGCAAAGAUGUCGAGGAUCCCCUACCAGAUUCUUAUUUCGGACCAGCACAUAAAAAAGCUGAGAGGCUAGAAAAAUCCAUCAGAAAUACAGAAAAAGGUCGCGCACAACAUGAGAAGGAUCAGAUCAUUCGGCUGCUCAAUGAGCUCCAAGGCCAUGAUUGGCUAAGAACAAUGGGUGUCAGCGGUGUUACUGAAAGUCGCAAGAAGACAUUCGAGCCUGCCCGAGAUCACUUCAUUAAGGGUUGUCAAGCAAUCUUGGAGAAAUUCCGUGUAUGGAGUCAAGAAGAGAAAAAGAGGAAGCUUAUGAAGGAACGUGCGUUAGCAGAAGAGGUAGAAGAAAACGAAGAAAAAGAAACCGAGGGGGAGGAUAACAAUGCCAAGCAACUAAGUGAGGAGGAGGCUUCAGAUGAGGAUGAAGAAAUGGGCGACGUUGAAACAGACGACGAUAUUCCGGAUGAUGUUAGCGACGGUGAUCCCCCAGACUACAGCGAUGCUGAUGCAUCUGCAAGGCAACUUCUUGACGAGGCAUUAGCACGGGCUAAGUACACUGCAUCGAGCUCUAAGAGAUCUCGAGGUGAACCACCACCAAAGUCUCCAGAACCAUAUGUGGCAAAGGAGUUUACGUCUUUCUUUGUCAAAAAACAUCAGCGUGAAGCAGCCCUCAACAAGAGCCGGCGCAGAGGAAGGACUAUUGUAGCCUGGGGUCAUCCCAUCCCAGAUAUGGUUGAACGCAACUUUGAAUUACCCGAAGAAUACCGUGAUAUUGAGACUUUGAAAGCCCACGAGAGGCAAAAGAGGCGGGAAAGGCGUCAGCGUCAGCAUUGAUUUGUUGAAUUAGUUUGGGGGCUAUUGCAUUUGUCUUCGGGACACAAGGCAACGAGGCAACACUUAGCAUAUACGUUUAUCGCUGCACUACGGGGACACUCAAGUUCCUAUUCACUCAAAUGCGACUGGAUGCGGCUUUGGAUUCACAUGGCGCUCCCCAUGGGAACCUUUAUUCGUACUAUAAUAAUAGCCUUGGGCAUUUAGUGUGAUAGCCUAAUGGUAUAACUCCUGCUAAAGCCCAUAGCGAUACUUGUGAUGACGUUGAUAGCAAUGAACCUAGUGUAAUUAUCCCAGGGUAAUUAUCUACUAGGUAAAACAUAAUAGGUGUUAGGUGGAUUAGUAGCAUCCCAUCAAAAACAAUAUGAGACAUGCAGCAACUCGAGUAUCUUGACUGUCCGGGCGUGAUAUGUAGGUACCUACUACAUACGUAACCUAGAUAAUAAUCCCAUGCACCUGAAGGUUUGGUAUGUGUGAUGUCAAGAGGGGCAGAGUUUGGGCGCUGCGUGCGUACCGCCACCUCGGGACCUCGCAUUUUUAGUUAAUAUAUUAGGUACGCAGGUACGGUAUAAUAA